AGUGAUAUCUAAGUUGAUCGAUUUCGUGACAGAAACUUUACAACUCGCUAGCAUUCUUCCGCACCACAUCCUGCUUCUGUCAUCACGAUAUCUGAACUCAGUCAUCUCCACCAUGACCAAAAAGGAAAAGCCUAUACUGUUGCAUCUCGGAGAUGACAUUCUUUGGAACCAUGAACUCUACGAGCAGUUGAAGGACAAGUUUGACAUUGUGCGAAGCUAUCGUAUGAAUAGGGAUGAAUUCAUGAGAGCUCUGAAGAGCAAACGGUUUGGUGACUUUUGCGCAAUGUAUCGUCCCUUUUGGAAUACGGGAGGAGAGAUGGGCAGCUGGGACGCCGAUCUCAUUUCGCUGCUCCCCUCGUCAUGCCAAAUAUUCGCAAGUGCGGGAGCGGGCUUUGACUGGGUCGAUACAAAGAGCCUCGCAGAGCGAGGCAUCAUCUACUGCAAUAGCGCACCCGCAUGUACGGAAUCCGUAGCCGACGCUGCAAUAUGGUUGAUUUUGAGCACCUAUCGAAGAUUCACAUGGUCUUCACUUGCAGCACGAUCGUUAGAUGUCGCCAAAUUCCAAGAUGCUCAUCAGAAUAUUGCUGGCCAGACACACAACCCAAAUGGUUCCCGGUUGGGCAUUAUAGGUCUUGGGCGGAUAGGUUAUCGAAUCGCGCAGAAAGCCCACGUCGCGUUCGAGAUGAAGAUACUUUACAACGACAUCCGACGGAUGCCGGAGGAGAUAGAGCGGGCGGUUGGAGCCCAAUACUUUGAAGAGCUAGACGACAUGCUGGCUGAAGCGGACUGUGUUGUCAUCGCAACGCCCUUCGUCGGAGACUCGCUCAUGAACGCAGAAAGGUUCGAGAAGAUGAAAUACGGAAGUCGCUUGGUGAAUAUUGCACGCGGUAAGCUUGUGAAUGAGCAAGCACUUGUUGAAGCACUCAAUUCCGGCCGCAUCAGCGCUGCAGGGCUCGACGUCCAUUACGACGAACCACACGUCAACCCAAGAUUUGCCGCCAUGCAAAAUGUUGAGCUGCUCUGCCAUACCGCGGGCGCGUCGGUCGAGUCCCACAUGGGUUUCGAACGAUUGGGAAUGGAGAACAUUCUCCAGUACUUUGAGAGCGGAAAAGCGUUGACGCCUGUCAAUCUACAAUGGUUGCCUCAGUGAGAGUGAGAAAGAGAGAGAGAGAGAGAGAGUAAAGAGAGUUCUGCUCUUACGAGGAUGUCCAAUCCUCGAUCAAAGCCAACGCUGAUCGUUUACGUGCUGUACUGGAGCGUUUUCGCGCGUUUGAACAUCACAAUGUAGAGACUGCAGUCGGCCUUUUCUUCAGCCCAGUAGCACGACGUCAUUUCAUUUCCUAUCACGCUCGCGUUAGUCUCGCGUUAGUGAGGCUGCUUUUUUUGUGGAGACGCGGAGACGAGAAAAAGCAACGACGAGAGAGGUAAGCAACGACGAGAGAGGUCGUCCCAACAGCCCGAUGCUCGAACGGUGAGGUCAGCUUACCUGAGCUUCCGCGAAGAAUACAGCUGAGGAACCAAGAAAAGGGGGAGACGCCUGGAUAUGCGUCCCAGGGACAAUGAACGAGCCGUCCAGGGCUAUGAAGCCAUACAGUACCGAGACCGACGAGGAUGAAAGUCAAAGCCCCUGCGAUUCCUUUCGACAAACACUAUUGAGUUCGAGAAGGAGGGAUUCCUCGAAGCGACGCGCGAGAAGCUUUCGGUGGCGCGGGAUGCGUUCUUCUGAAACCCUUCUAGAAGCCUUUGGAGGAUGUUCAUCUCCCGCCACAUGGGCUGCUGACUCGACGCAAGCAAGCCUCGCUCAAGGCUGUCCGAGACUCGGCGAUGGCAUCUGUCUCAGCUGCACAGAUCCUUUCAAUUUUACUUCCCUGCACUUCUGCGCAAGGUCAAAGAUGCGCCUCCCUUCGAGAACGCUUCUGCGCCGCCAGAGACGGUUGUGCGGCAUGCAUCAGAGCUCCUCAACCGUCCAAACGAGCCCUGUGCACUGUUCCGAGGGCGCUCCCCAGCCAUGACAGCGCCGGCAGCCAUGAUCAGAAGGUGGCAGAAUUGUGAUCUGCCAACGCGCGCAAUCCCUGAUUGACAUGACAGAGUACGAUCGCUGACAGCCAGAGUGAGUAAGGUCUUAGAGCCAGCCGAGGCACCGAUAAGGCUGGCCUUGACCUUGACUCUGAUCUCGUGAGGCUGCCCUAUCGCCGCUUCAUCAUGCGGUGGACCACCAAACGUACAAGGUCGUGCUUUGACUCCAACACUGUCCUCAUGGCGUCUCCCUCGCCGGAGC